AUGUCCUGGCGUAUGUGGCGGAGCAGCACUGGGUUUGUGAGCUCCGGGGAGCUGAGAUGCGGCACGUGACCCUCUGUUGGAAUCACCUCCAAAACCGACCUCCCGCCCAAGCUCCGGUGGAUGUAGUCACCCACCUCCACCGGCACCACCGCGUCCUUGGAGCUCUGGAUGAUGUGGCAGGGGACGGUGAUUUGGCCGAGGUAUGGCCUCAGGUCAUAAGAGAAUACCCAGCGGCUCCUGGUUCUUUUGAACUCCUCAACGGCCUCCGAGUCCGGGCUGCCGCCCACCACUCGCGGGGCAAUGUCCGCGUAGAAAGAUGUGGGAUUCUUCUCCAAGACAGCCAGCAUAUGGUCGAUCGCUUCCUGGUCGGUGCCUCCGUGGUAGUCCUCCGAGUUUGCCAUUCUAAU